UGCGCAAGUUGGAUGUUCAGCCGGAUCCCUCAUACUUCGACCGGACAGGACCAGCGCUCGCUGCUCUCUCCAUGACAUCGCCGCUGGCCCCGUCGUUGUGGCUGGAAAGCUCGAAUUAUGUGUCUCGCUUCCGCAAACUUGCAGAUGACAACUUGACUUCUGUCCCCAAGAUCUCGCAUGCAGUCCCAUCAACCGUCGUGGCAAGAUUGUCCGCCACCAAGCUCACAUUCGACGAACUGUCGCCGUUAGCCCAACGCGCACUGCUGUGGGACAUGGGACUUGUCCGCGUGAAUGACGGAUCUUUCACGUUGCAGCAAGUAUACACCCGUUGCACGAAUGAAAACAGCACCACGGGCGCCACCAUGGAGAACCUUAUGGUGCCCAAGGAGAAGUUUUUAGCGACAGACCAGUCGGCCAGUAUCAUUGAAUGCUCCGGGUUUGGGUAUUCCUUCGUCCGCCAACAAGUCUCGAACGGUGUCAACUUAGAUGUGGCCGCCAAUUGUGCCGUGUCGAAGGCGAAUCCGUCCACGAACAGUCAUUCGAGCAUGUGGGCGCAGGACGGCGUGCCAUCGACGGACGUGCCGUUUCCAAAGAUCCAUCGGCAUCAAUGGAAUAGCACAGACGGUCCGCCGUUCCUCUUCUUCUCCGUCCACACCCUGCCCGAAAAGUACGACGACGAGUGGCCGUGGGGGUCGUGUCCUGAAAACAAACCAGGCUCCCUCACGUUUCCGUGCAGGGUCUACGAAGAAAGCAAAGGCAUGUGUCUGCCGUCGCCAUCGACCGCCAUGAACAACUGGCUGAAUGCGAUCGCGCGGGCCAAAACCACGAGCCCGCCUGCGACAACGACUCCUGUGCCAUCUCCAACCCAAGCUCCGUCCUUGUCAACGGGUGCUGUCGUUGGCAUAGUCGCUGGUGCCGUUGCUUUUGUCGCGUGUGGGCUGCUGUGCUUUAUCCUGCGUCGUCGCAAGGCUCGCGCUGACGCCAUCAACGACAACGACGGCACACCCACCACCACCACAGCAAUGUACAACAGCAGCUUACAAAACAGCUCGGGCCAACCGCGAUCGCACCAUGCCGCAGCCCAGCCGAUUCAGACCAACUCGUCCAAGCUCAACAGCUUCCAAGUCGACGCCUACCUGUGCACACGGCGCCUGCCGUACUCGUCGGUCGUACAGACGCGGAUGCUAUCCAAAGGCGCGUUCGGCGAAGUCUGGAUCGGGUCCUACGACGGCAUGACGGUCGCGAUCAAGAAAAUUCUGGACGCCAAGCGGAACGACGAAACCGAGCUCGAGUGUUUUGCCGAGGAGAUUCGACUGAUGGCGUCGCUGAGCCACCCAAACAUCGUGACCUUUAUCGGUUUUGCAUGGAAUACGCUGCAAAACAUGUGCUGUGUCGUCGAGUACAUGCAGCACGGCGAUCUAGGGUCGUAUCUUGUGGCCCACCCCAAGACCAACUGGAACGAGAAGCUCGUGCUGGCCGUCGGCAUUGCCCGCGCGCUCGCAUACCUCCAUGCGCUCGUCCCGAACAAGAUCAUUCAUCGUGAUCUGAAAGCCAAGAACGUGCUUGUGUCGGACCAACUGGAAGCCAAGCUGUCCGACUUUGGCAUUUCAAAGGAACGCACCACCGACGACACCAUGACGGCGGGCGUCGGGACAUCGUACUGGACCGCGCCAGAAGUGCUCAGCGGCCAUCGGUACUCGGAACUGGCCGACGUGUACUCGUUUGGGUGUGUGCUAAACGAGCUCGAUACACACAACAUUCCGUACGCCAACCUGAAGGGCGUGCCGGCCAUGACAAUUGUCCAGCGUGUGACGACGCAGGGCCUCCGCCCGACCUUCAACGACUCGUGCCCGAAACUCGUCAAGGAUUUGGCGAUGCAGUGCUUGUCGACGUCGCCGCGCGACCGACCGACGGCCGCCGAGAUCGUUCGCCUCAUCGAGAUGUGGAAGGGCUGGUGAAAAGCACGCACGGUGCGCUGACCCCGUUGCAUGAUGUAUUUAGAUUUUUUUCACGUUCUAACAUGGGCUGCAUGGCAACGUCAUGUACCCCGGACUUGGUUCCGGCUCGCUCGACACGAAGCGCAACACGCAAAUAUGCACGAAGCCAACUUGUUUAGAGCGCCGUUGAAAGAGUUCGCCAUGGCUCGCGCGCCUGGCACUGUCCUCUACGGGGAAAAUGACUCGUUGCGCCAAAGGGACAACGCGUGAGACCAUGCGAUCGCGCGGGAAAAAUCGAGCCUAGACGUAGCCUGCGUAUGGUUUGGCAGGGACUUCUCGCCGUGUGAAGAAAACGACGUCGUUCCAGUCGACUUCAUCCGGCGUCGGUUGAAGGGGUUGGUUGCUGUCAUCCAGCGACGACGACAGCCAGAAUUCUAACCCUGGAUGGACUGAGAUGGUCGAGGCAAGGUCUGCUUUCGAGUGUCACGGCGAUUCCAUGACGGAACGGGGAGUCAAAUACCAUGCGAGAACCCGCAGACG